UAAAAGUCGACUCUAAAACCAUGCUUAUUUGUUGAUAGCAAGUAGGUUAAAUGUCGCUGAUUGUGGGGAGGUAAAAGUCGUGAUUAAGUAAAAGUUUUUAAUCUUUCCUUUACUGCGACGUGUCUGGUUGGUGCCUGCAAAACAAAAGAUGGCGAACAAGGAGGAAAAGAGCCCUGAUGGAGUGAAAUAUUUCAGACUGGCGGAGAUCGAGGAGCAAAACACGUUUAAGUCUACUUGGAUCGUCAUCCACCACAAAGUCUACGAUGUCACCAAGUUCCUAGAGGAGCACCCUGGUGGGGAGGAGGUCCUGAGGGAGCAGGCGGGUGGAGAUGCCACUGAGAGCUUUGAGGACGUGGGACACUCAAGCGAUGCGCGGGAAGUGGCCAGUCAGAUGGUGAUUGGCGAGCUGCAUCCGGACGACAGAGAGAAGCUGGCCAAGCCCUCCGAAAGUCUGGUGACCACCUUGAGGGAUGAACAAAGCUGGUGGCCGAACUGGUUCAUCCCAGCCGUGGUCGCCGCCAUCGUCACGCUGGUGUACCGCAUCUGCACGGCAGAAAGCGAGGUGUGACGUCAUGGCCUGCUGCGGUGACAUCAUAACCGCUCGCUCUCUGAUUGACAGCCGAGGCUCUGCCCUGCAGACGACUGAAAUUGCACUUAAAAAUUCAGAUGUAUACAUUUUUUUUGUAAUUCUCCGUGAUCGAAACAUUUUGAAAUCGUCCAGGAGGAGCGGUGAAGGCGCUCCGAGUCAUGUGAGCAACAUCAAGAAAAACAGCAUGAUCGCCAGGCAUCUGCUAUUACAUUGUGCGAUGGUAUGAAUGAACUUCCUGUGUGUAUGAGUUGACUUGAAUGAGACCAAAUAAAAUCAUUUUUCAUCAAUUAUCA